GUACUUGACAGUUAUAUGAAUGAUUCUGGCAUUGCAAUUUGCAAACUAUUAGGUACGGUUUUAUUUUAUUCAACAUGAAUAAUAAAACAGGCUUUAAAAUCACGUCUUUUAUAUGUAAUCAUUAUUUUAAACGCAAUUUAAAUAACAAUGUGGCUAGUAUAACCAGAAUUCACAGAGAAGUAUUUACAAGAAUGUAUCCCACUAAAGUUGUUUUGGCAAAUGGAGCUUCAAUUAAUAUCAGAUACCACGAACCGAGGAAAAUAAUAAAAUUACCUUUAGAUAUGACUACAUUAUCAGAAGAUGAAAGAAAAGCAAGACUUGAAAAAAGGAAACCAAAAAGGAAGAUCAAAAUAACUGAAAUUGUUGAAGACAACUUCAAUGCAAAAAAGUACUUAAAAUAUAUAAAGAAAUGAUACAAAAAUAAGAGUUAUGAUUAAUGCUGAAUACAUUGUAGGAAAUACUUAGAAUAAAUUAAACUUAAUCUUUA